GAGUUGGUCUCGCCCGUGCGGCCCGCCCUGGAGCGCGGCGGAAGACGGCGGGGGGGACGCGCCACGGCCGCUGCCUCUGAGCCAGCCCGCGUCGCCAUGAGCUCGGCCGACAGCAACAAGCCCGAGCACUUCCCGCUGCAUCUGCUCGUGUGGCGCAACGGCUUCGGCGAACUCGAGCGGCGCCUCAACGGCGACCGGAGCAAUCUGGACUCGGUGGACCCCCGGGGUAGGACCCCUCUGCAUCUGUCGGUGGCACUGGGGCACCUGGAGUCGACGCGGGUGCUGCUGCGCUACAACGCCGACGUCAAUCAUGAAAACGCACAGGGCUGGACGGUGCUGCAGGAGGCGGUGAGCACCGGCGACCCUGAGCUGGUGCAGCUCGUGCUGCAGUACCGGGACUAUCAACGCGCCACAAAGAGGCUCGAGGGCAUUCCUGAGCUCCUCGGCAAACUCCGCAAGGCCCAGGACUUCUAUGUGGAAAUGAAGUGGGAAUUCACGAGCUGGGUCCCCCUGGUGUCCAGGAUCUGCCCGAGUGACGUCUACAAAGUGUGGAAGUGUGGCGCCAACCUGCGCGUGGACACCACGCUGCUCGGAUUCGACCACAUGACGUGGCAGCGUGGCAGCCGCAGCUUCAUCUUCAAGGGACAGGACGAGGGCGCGCUGGUGAUGGAAGUGGACCAUGACAAGCAGGUGAUGUACCUGGAGACGCUGGCACUGGACCUGCAGGAUCCCGAGCUGCUGCUCUCCACCAUGAAGCCGUCCGAGGAACACAUCGCCGGCCGCCUCACCUCGCCCAUCGUGUCCACGCACAUCGACACCAAGAACAUCCAGUUCGAGAGGAACAUGUCGGGCAUCUGGGGCUGGAGGAGCGAGAAAACCGAGGCGGUGAAUGGAUACGAAGCCAAGGUUUACAGCGCCUCCAACGUGGAGCUCGUCACCAAGACACGCACCGAGCACCUCUCCGAGCAGGACAAGUCCCGCAACAAAGGCACCAAGACACCCUUACAGUCCUUUCUGGGAAUAGCGGAGCAGCACAUUGGCACCAGCAGUGGCGGGGCGGAGAUCUUGCAGGUGGCCAGUCCGACCAACCCCACAGCCAUCACCCCCGAAGAGUAUUUUGACCCGGCAUUUGACCUGGGCGUGCGCGACAUUGGUCGUCCCAUAGAGCUGACCGUCAAAACGCAGAGGUUCAAGGCCAAACUGUGGCUGUGCGAGAACCACCCGCUGUCGCUAGUGGAGCAGGUGACGCCCAUCAUCGACCUCAUGGCCAUCAGUAACGCGCACUUCGCAAAGCUGCGCGACUUCAUCACGUUGCGCCUGCCCUCCGGCUUCCCCGUCAAGAUCGAAAUUCCUCUGUUUCACGUGCUCAACGCUCGCAUCACGUUUGGGAACCUGAACGGGUGCGACUCGCCGGUGGAGAGCGUGUGCUGCUCCAUGGCAGGCGGAACGCCGUCGCCCAGCGGGGAGGCCGAGGACCCCACAGUCCCGCUGGUGCAGACGACCCCGGAGGUGGCCGUGGCGGCGGCGUGCCCGGCACCGGGUGAAGGUGCCGGCGUACGGAGCUGCGAAGUCGACCCGUCGGUGUUCGAGGCCCCGCGUGGUUACACCGUCGUGGGCAGCAGCAAGCAUGAGCCCAUGCGGGAUGAGGACGAUGACCUCCUGCAGUUUGCCAUCCAGCAGAGCCUGCUGGAGGCCGGCACCGAGGCGGAGCAGGUGGGCCGCGCCGUUGGAAGUGCGGAGACGGCAGGAGCGUGGGACGGUGACACGAGGGUGACCGUAUGGGAGGCCCUGUCCAACAGCGUUCCAGGCGGUCAGCACCUCACCGACGAAGAGAGGGAGCUGGAAAGGGCCCUGCAGGAAAGCUUGCUGCUGCACGCAACAGCAGGGGGGUGUGGUUUGGCCAAGGAAGGAGGAAUUUUGGGCACGGCAAACCCGAGCGAUGAGGCACCACCGGCGGCACUGCUGAAGGACGUCGACGCCGGAGAAGGGGACGAUGGCGGCACAGUGCCGCCGGCACAGACGCCGGUGGCAGCACAGUCGCCGGCCUCCUUGCCAGUGCAGGUCGGCUACGCUGAGCAGCUGCGCCUGGUGCUGGAGAUGUCGGCGCGAGAGCAGCAGGAGGCGGAGCGCCGGCAACGCGAGGAGGAGGACGAGCUGGAGCGAGUGCUCAUGCUGUCGCUCACUGAGAAGUAGCGGCGUCGCGAGCACCGUCUCGCCUGUGCGCCGGCCCAGCGGCACGCCUAUGAGGUCGCACGUAGCGGCAGCAGGGUCGCACCUUCAUCAGUAGGGGGCAGCAGCAGCAGCAGCUGCAGCCCGAGUGCUGGCUGUAACCAUGUGACCGCUUUGGGAGGUUCCCGACAUUCCUAGCAAUAGUCGUUUUGAAAGAUUUAGGCUUGCGUGUCUCCCUGCCCACCACCAGACCUCACAAAGGCACGUAGCUGCCUGAACAUAAACUACAGCUCCAACCUAUGACACAAUCGUCAUGCCACAAGGCCAAAACCACAAGGAACUGAUCUGUUCGGGUAAAAUGUUUCCCCUUUUCAUUAAUCAUAAAGCGGCAAAAUUACCUGUCACCCUGCGGAGACAAGUUGACGAGUUUAAUUCCAUUCAUAGGCGUGUUGUAUCUGCCCAAAUAAUUUUUUUUACUGAAAGAUGAUAUGGUACUUGGUAUAUAAUAAAUAGUAAAUGUUCCGUGUUAUAUCAUGCAACACGAGAGGUAUAAGGGAAAAGCAGAAGAGUGACAAUACCUGGUCAGUGUUGACAGCACUGUUGAGCUGACACACCUUUCCAGUGUACACUCACCUGGUUUAGAUAAGGGACUUAAUAUCACUAUUAUCCUUAAUAUUGCUAUUUAUCACACUCCUCUUUGUGAUUCCCCAAGGACCCCCAAAGCGGCAUCAUCUGCUAGCAGCAACAUCACUUUACAAGGUCACGGGUUGAGGUUUAGUCCGUUUGUGCAACGGUGACGACUGCUUUGUGAUGAUCUGUGUAAUUCCUAUCAUGCACACUUAUAAAUUUUGUUCCAUUUAAAAAUGUACUAUUUCAGGAUGUGGAUUGUGUACUUGGCCUCUUGCGGGUGUGUCAUUGAAAACGGAUGUAACCGUUGCCACGAUUUAUGUGACGUCUGAUGAUUGCGCACCUGUUGAUUAAUCUAUGCGAGUGAGGUGUGACCAGAGCUAUGUUGCUGGAUGGGGAGGGCACUGCACUGCGUUUGCUGCAUUGAUGGGAGUGUAAUGCAGCCCUGUUGUAGGAUUUAGUACUUGCCUAAAGAUGGAUCUUUGUAGACCUUGGCUGCAUCAACAGCCAUUAGGUACUGGCUGUCAGGCCUGCCAGGCUGUACAAAAGCGGGCUUAUGAAAUAUGCUGUACAAUACACGGCAUCAACGCCAAGUGGCACUGAAUGCCGUUGUUAAGCCUGACGAUGCGGUUUGUGUCCGUGUUUUCUGAUCAAAAAGUGCAGACCAAGAUGAUGAAAACCGAGUAGUGGCUGCAAUCAUGUGCGUAGAGCCUUUUUCGAUCGAGAUUGUCUUUGCAGUACUACAAGGCCACGGUGGAUUUGUAGGUGUCUCGCUGUCGUACUGAUACAGCCCGUAGAACUGUGUGCAUUAUUGUCUUUUCGCCCGUAUUGCGAGAGAUCGUUUGUUGUAUGAAGAAUAAAUCUUGCCUUCUGUCGUAGGCCUCUAGUGACAUUUGCAGCUGUCAGUACCAAACAAAGCAUUGUUUUAGGCAGACGAAGUAAAAUGUUUACGUGUUGUAAUAAACUCGUGGCAGAUCCAAUUCUAUAGGCAGACUUGAUUAUAAGAACUUCAGAAGUAGUAGUGGACGAAUGCUUGCACAUGCAGUGAUUGCUGAUUUCGGCAGCCACGCUAAAUGUUAUUGUUUAUGUUGUGCCUUAAGUGGUGUGUGCUAAUUUAUAUUUCUUUGAAGCCAUUUACUUUAAACUCCAUGAACCAAAUGAUUGUCUUACAGUAAUAGUUUUUUGUGUAUAUAGUUUGUUUUCUUCUAAAGGCCUUGUGUUUCAUUUCCUUUCUGUGCACAACGCAUGUGACAAUUGCGCCACAGCUUUCUGACGACGAAGGUCCCAGCACCGAAGUGAUGGCAGUAUUUGCGCAGUAGUUCUAUCAGUGACACUUGCCAGUGUUCUGGGCCUUGAGUACACACAGUUUGGCUGGCAGUACAAAGUAUUUAUACAAUAAAGAAUAAAACUAGCCAUCUCUA